AUGUUGGCUCUCGUCAAAAGGAAUCGGCAGGUCCUGUUGGACUCGUUACGAUUCGAUCAAGUCGAUGCACGCCAGAUGACUAUCAAAAGCGCCCACGCCAAGACAUGUGAGUGGCUAUCAACAAAGCUCGAGUAUAUCGACUGGCUCGACACAACCAAAAUAGGCGAACGCCACGGCUUCUUAUGGAUUAAAGGGAAGCCUGGGACUGGAAAAUCUACCUUAAUGAAGUUUGCUCUCGUUAAUGCCCAGGUAACGAUGAACGAUAAGACCAUCAUCUCCUUCUUCUUCAACGCACGAGGUGAGGAUAUGGAGAAGUCUACGAUUGGGACUUAUCGGUCACUACUCCUGCAACUUCUCGAACGGCUUCCAGCUCUCCAGUGCACCUUUGACUCGCUCGGUCUCUCAAACAUCAGGCCAGAUCACCGAUGGAGCCUCGAAUCACUCAAAUCGAUGUUAAAGCAAGCUAUACAGAACCUCGGACAGACUACUGUGGUUUGCUUCAUCGAUGCCCUAGAUGAAUGCGAAGAAGAGCAGGUCCGAGACAUGAUCCAGUUCUUUGAAUAUGUUGGUGAGCUCUCGGUGUCGGCCGGUAUCAGAUUCCAAGUUUGUUUUUCAAGCAGGCACUACCCACAUAUCACAAUCCAGAAGGGGCUAAGUCUGGUGCUGGAACGACAAGAAGGACAUAGCCGGGACAUCGCCAACUAUCUGAAGAGCGAGUUAAAGAUCGGAAACAGUAAGAUUGCGCAGCAGAUUCGAAGUGACCUUCAAACAAAAGCAUCGGGAGUUUUUAUGUGGGUCGUUCUUGUUGUGGGCAUGCUAAACAAAGAGUAUGACCGUGGCCGGAUCUAUGCACUUCAGCGAAGGCUGCAGGAGAUUCCUAGUGACCUGCAUAAACUAUUCCACGACAUAUUAACGCGCAACCCGCAUAACAGAGACGAACUAGUACUUUGUAUCUACUGGGUGCUUUUCGCGGAACAGCCGUUGAGUCCAGAGCAGUUGUACUUUGCUAUUCUUUCUGGCGUCGAGCCUGAAACAGUAUCAAAAUGGGACCCUGACGAGGUCAGCAAAGACAUCAUCAAACUGUUUAUACUUGAUUCAUCGAAAGGCUUGGCCGAGGUAACAACAUCCAGUCAUCAGACAGUCCAGUUUAUUCACGAGUCAGUGAGGGACUUUCUCCUCAAAGAAGAUGGCCUAGGCGACAUCUGGCCUAGCCUUAGAAGCAAUCUCCAGGGCCAAAGUCAGGAGCAGCUGAAGAAAUGCUGCCUUACCUACCUGAGUAUAGAUAUCUCUACUCUAAAGAUCCCUAAAAGCCUUCCAAAUGCUUUAUCACGGCAGGCCAAAGACCUGCGCCAGUCAGCCGAUAUUAUGUUUCCUUUCCUGAAAUACGCUGUACAAAAUGUCCUACAUCAUGCAGAUUGGGCAGCAAGAAGUGGGAUUACUCAGAGAAAUUUCAUCCUCAGUUUUCCGCUUACUACCUGGAUUCAGCUUGACAACUUAUUUAACACGAAUGAAGAACGUAGGCAUACGGAAGGAAUGAGCCUGCUAUAUGUUUUAGGUGAGCGUAACUUGUCCUCUCUUAUUAGAGCACACCCAUCCGCCAUCUCCUGUUUGGAGGUAGGAAAAGAGCGGUAUGGCCCGCCCCUAUUUGCCGCCAUGGCAACCGGAAGUUGGGAGGCUCUCCAAGCA